GCUGGGCUGCCAUGCUGGACUUUGCUAGUUUUUGAAAAACACUACAUCUUCUCGGGUUCGCAAGUUUACCACCAGAUGUCUCGUCGGCAUCGUUCAGUUGCCAAUUCUUAUCUUAUCUCAAAUCUCGUUCGUAGUUCGUACUCCUCCUCCUUAUACAUAUCUAAUUUUCAACUCUUCAUGUUGCUGUAAAAUCAUUUUCCAACCUGGCAUUUGGAAUUUGAUAUUUUUUUGUACAAACAAAUUAUUUAGUUUCAAUUUGUUUUUUUUUUACAAAAAGUAAAUUACAUAAUAAAAAUAAUAAAUAUUUACAUUAAUAUUAUUAAUUUUAAACGUAAUUAUACAUUUUUAAUAAAUCAUCUUUUAUUAUAAACUAAAUUAAAAAAGCUAUAUUAUCAUUCCAUUAUACCUGUAUAUUAGUAAGAUAACUCUUUUGCACAAUGGAUGAAGAGUAUGAUGCGAUUGUUUUGGGUACAGGUUUAAAAGAAUGCAUUUUGUCAGGUAUGUUGUCUGUUAGUGGUAAAAAAGUAUUGCAUAUAGAUCGAAACAAAUAUUAUGGAGGUGAAUCAGCUUCAAUUACACCCCUAGAAGACUUGUUUAGCAAAUUCAAGGCUCCAGCUCCUGAUCAAAAUUAUGGAAGAGGCCGCGAUUGGAAUGUUGAUCUCAUUCCCAAAUUUUUAAUGGCUAAUGGCUUACUUGUAAAAUUGUUGAUUCAUACAGGGGUUACACGGUACUUAGAAUUUAAAUCUAUUGAAGGCUCUUAUGUUUACAAAUCAGGAAAGAUUUCAAAAGUACCAAUUGAUCAACAAGAAGCUUUGUCUAGUGAUUUGAUGGGUAUUUUCGAAAAGAGGCGGUUUAAAAACUUUCUUUUAUGGGUUCAAAAUAUGCAAGAAGACGAUCCAAAAACGUGGGAUAAUUUUGAUCCAUUUAAAAAUCCUAUGAGUGCAUUAUAUAGUAAAUUUAAUUUAGAUAAGAAUACUCAAGACUUCACCGGUCAUGCUCUUGCUUUGUACAGAAAUGAUGAAUAUAUUUCUGACAGUGCAGUAAUUACUAUUAGACGAAUAAAACUGUAUAGCGACAGUUUAGCACGUUAUGGUAAAUCUCCAUAUCUUUAUCCAAUGUAUGGCUUAGGUGAGCUUCCACAAGGGUUUGCUCGACUGAGUGCUAUUUAUGGAGGUACAUACAUGUUGGAUAAACCUGUCGAUGAGAUAGUAAAACAAGAUGGAAAAGUAAUUGGGGUACGUUCAGCUAAUGAAACUGCAUUAUGCAAACAAAUAUUUUGCGAUCCAACUUAUGUACCAGAUUUAGUAAGAAAAGUUGGACAAGUAAUUCGUUGUAUUUGUCUAUUAGACCAUCCGAUUCCUAAUACUGGAGACGCAUUGUCGACCCAAAUAAUUAUUCCACAAAAACAAGUUAAUCGCAAUUCAGAUAUUUACGUUUCCUUGGUAUCUUACACACAUCAAGUCGCUGCUAAAGGAUGGUUUAUAGCAAUGGUAUCCACCACAGUAGAAACUUUACAUCCGGAAUCUGAGAUUAAACCGGGUCUUGAUUUGUUGGGAUUAAUAAGGCAAAAAUUUGUUUAUGUAUCAGAUUAUCUGGAACCAAUUGAUGAUGGCACGCAAAGCCAACUCUUUGUUUCAACGAGCUAUGAUGCUACCACUCAUUUUGAAACAACAUGCUUGGACGUUUUAAAUAUUUUUAAAAGAGCUACUGGCGAAGAAUUUGAUUUCAAUAAAGUAAAACAUGAGCUUGGUGAUGAAGAUCAAUAGUAAAGACAUAUUUCAACUGUGUUUGCAAGUUUUCAAACGUUCACUUAUCUUCAAAAUAAAUGUAUAUUGUUUUCAUAAAUAACAGUACAAUAAUACAAAUAAUAUGUAGACUUUAUGCGAUACACAUUCCAUAUUAAAGUAAAUCAUGAUUUUUCACCAUU